GGCCCAAGUCAUAUCCGCAUUUCCUAUGCUAUGAGGUCCGUAAACAAAGCCCAACCGAUGCCUCCUCGUUUUCCAGCAACAUCAGUUGAUCAGUUCUGGAAGCCGACGCAGAUGGCCACCAUAUCAGCGCACAAAUUCCCAAUCAGCAAACAAUAGGCAAACAAGCGAAGGACGAAUCGGAAUUUCGGACCCUCGGACGACGCCUCAAUCGCCGCCACCGCGCCACGCCUCCAGGCUUCAGACCCUACUCCGCUGAAAAGCUUCCACCGCUCCGCCCUCCGCGGUCGCAACCUCGCAGGGCUCACUGAGACGUUGAGUAGCUGAAGUGCUGAUUGCUGAACCAGCUUAUACCAGCCAACCAGUUUUUGCACUAGUGUUAGUAGAAUUCUUAUUCAUCAAAUACUUCUCUAACCUGAAGAAAUGGUGGAAUGGAGACGGAAUCUGCCGUCUUUACUGCGUCAGGCUUGGAGACGAUUUGAGCAUUCUCACAGUUCUCCUUUUAAUUCCCACUUGCACUCAAAGGCUCCUCAAGUUAUUGGUCAGGUGCCUUAUUCCAAUAGCCUGAGAAAUCUGCCUUCUCCUUCCAUCACAAGGACACAUUUCCAAUUUCUACAAACAUCGGGGAUUAGUAGCUCAAGAAAAUUGCUUGAUGACGUAACACCCGUAUCUUCCCCAUUAACACCUCUUAUAGCAGCGUCAGGUGAUGGUAAAACUGAAGCUGGGAAAACAAUUUUGAAGCCCUCAACAGUUCAGGCAGUAUUGAAGGGAAUAAAGCAGAGUCCAAAAAAAGUGAACCUAGUUGCCGCAUUAGUUCGUGGAAUGCGUGUUGAAGAUGCACUGUUACAGUUGCAAGUGACAGUCAAGCGAGCUGCUAAAACUGUUUAUCAGGUUAUACAUUCAGCGCGUGCAAAUGCCACCCACAAUCAUGGAUUAGAUCCAGACCGUCUUCUUGUUGCGGAGGCAUUUGUUGGGAAAGGACUCUAUUUGAAGAGAGUAUCCUACCACGCUAAGGGUAGGUCUGGCGUGAUGGAAAGACCACGGUGUAGACUGACAGUUGUAGUGAGGGAGAUUACACCAAAUGAGGAGGCUGAGAUCGCCAAACUGAAAGUGAGCAACUUCCGGAAGCUCACAAAACGUGAACAACGGCUGGUCCCACAUAAGCUUAUCGAGACGAAUCCAGUGUGGGGCCGCAAAACAAAAUCUAAUACCCACAGAUCCGUUACUGCUGCUUCUUGAGCUGUGAUUUCUCGUUCUUGGUAGAGAUUUUGUUAUAGUGCUGUGAUAGAAUAUCAUUUGAAUGCGUACUUUUAUUAUUUCUAGUCUCUGAAUGUCUUCCUUUGUGACACUUUGUUUCAAACUUGUUUUAAUUUACAUCCCGUGAGCCUUUGCGCCUCAUGCAAAAAUUCCCUACUUAAACUGUCUCAAGUUUUAUGUUCACUUUGAUGUUUGCAAUUUGUAAAACUGGUCUGAGAGACUGAGAUACACAAAAGGGGUUGAAUUGUGUAUGAUUAAAAUUUUACCUUUUUUAUUGUUUGUGC